GCUCCGCAACCCGUCGUACAAACGAAAACAUAAACAUGGGCCGAUCGUUUGCCACGUUAACUCCUUUAAUUUUCUUGUGUUUUCUGUUUUGCGGUUUAACGGAAACAAAUGUGGCCCAACCGUCGACUGUGCCGUGGUACGAAAAUUUGCCGGCGGUAGCGAUGGACUAUAAAGUUCACAUUGAUCCUGGCAAGGAGGAUUGUUACUUUCAAUAUGUUAACCCGGGGGCGACGUUCUACGUCAGUUUUCAGGUUGUCAGAGGGGGUGACGGCAUGGCCGGUUUUGCGGUCCGCCAUCCGACCGGCCAAAUCGUCCAUCCAUACCAAUGGAAACCCAGCAGUGAAUACCAAGAUCAAAGCUCAACUGGAGGCUACUACUCUGUAUGCAUUGACAACCAAUUCUCCAGGUUCGCCGGCAAACUGGUCAACAUCUACAUCACCGUCGUGAGGUACGACAUGUGGGAAAAAUACACCAAGGAAAUCGAGGAGCUCAACAUGAACAUGGAGAACUUCACGUCUUCCAUCGUGACCGUAGAGAAAGAUAUCAAUGUGAUGCUCCAGUACCAGCAUCACACCCGAGCACGUGAAGCCUGGGACUUGAACUUGCUGGAAUCGAACAAUUCAUACGUCAUACGUUGGUCGAUCAUUCAGAUCAUCGUCAUUGCAGCCACUACGGCCAUUCAGGUGUACUUUGUCCGGAAGUUGUUUGACAUCAAGUCAGGAAGUGGCAGAUCUAGAUCUGGCAUCUAAGGAUAACAAUUAACUGCUUCGCGUGAUAAUUUGUGGUUCAUGUGGACUUUUCUGGAUUCAUGUAGAUGACCUAAAUUCAGAAAAAUCCACUAUAAAUUGUGCAUUUUAAGUCGUUCAAUACAAAUACGAGUGUUACAAAUUGUAUCUUCCAUUUCAGAUUAUUUUUUAGCUCACUAUUCCUCAACGAGAUUAUUGUUUGGUCUCAUUUCAACUUGUAAGGCUGAUAUAACGAAUGUGUAUUCUGUGACAAUUCCGUUAUUUGUUUCGAAUUGUUACAGAAUAUGCCGGUGACAAAUUUAUAUUUAGUUUAUUUAUCGUGUGUUAUCUUCCCAACAUUUCUCAUAUUACCUUUCCGCAUAUAAAAAUAUUUUAAGAAAAAAUUGAAUUGCUGGUUAGUUCAUGUUGUGUUACGUCCUUUAUUUAUUUCGCUUUUUUAUGGGUUGAAUCUGUGAUUCGUUUGUGCAUUUAUUUCGAAUAUCUUAUUUACAUGACCAACUUCAUAUUAUUAUUGUUUGUAUAUAUUCUAAUUAAUUGUCUAAAGUAAGGACAACAGGGUGCCACGGAAAUACAAUAGUUUUAACAAAUGUAUUUUGUGUGGCGCAAUGUAAUUGAUAACGAAUGUAAAACUUGUAAGUAGAUAUGAAAAGACCUGUUAUAUUGUAAUUUUUAUUUUUAAUAGAUAAACCUUUAUAUACAUUUUGUUCAAGUUAUAACAAUUUUUAUAAAAAUUUAAUAAAAUAUACAACAUUUAUCACUA